UCGGAAUCCGACUCGGAUAUGGCGCGAACCGCCUUAUCUUCUCUCUACUUAAUGGCGCGAAGGAGGCUUUGCUUCCAGCGUCGUCCACGAAGCAAAUCCGCCGCUGCUCCCUCCCUCCCUCCAGCUCUCCGAAUCACCGAUUGCUGAUUGGUUCAAGCAGUUCUUGAUCGUCGUCGGGUUUGAUGGCGGCGAAGCAGCUGGAGCUUGACGCCGGCGGCGGCGGCGGCGUGCCGUCCUGCGCUAACUGCUGCGGCGGCGUCGUCGCGACGACGACGGCGAGGAGCAAGAACCUGUGCGCGCGGUGCUACCGGGACCACCUCAAUGCCGUCGACGGCACCGCCGAGGCGGCGAGGACGCGCGCCCUGCUGGCGUCGCUCGCCUGCGACUUGAACGUCGGGACAUUCGGCGACGCGCACGGCGGCGCCAGCGGCUUCGGCUUCAAGAAUGCCGACCGGGAUAGCGCGAGGGGUGGUCAUCAUCAGGUCGUCGAGGUUGGAGACGACGGCGAGGGCGCCGCCGUGACACGGCUCCGGCGACGGCGAAUGGUCCGGACGUGCGAGUGAUUUGCUAAGCUUGUACUUAAUAGCAUCAAGAGUUGAAGGCUAAUCGCCUAAUGCUGUAGGGUAGUGAAGACGAUGGAUCAUCGAUCAUAAUUUAGAAAGAUCUUCGGUUCGUGUGCCGAUUUGUGUGUCAUGUGUACAUGUUAAUUACAACCAUCUACAUAAAUAAGUUAUUAUGAAAAACCCAAAUUGGGGAUAUU